AUGUCGUGGCUUUUAAAGAAAAUUGUUCACAAUGAGGCGAUGAAGUCGGAUCCUAAGGAGAUCUAUGGGUGGAGAGUCUUUAUGCUUGCCUGCUCGGCAUGUUUCGGUGGAAUGCUUUUUGGAAUGGACACCGGUAUCAUUGGCGGAGUUCUGGUCAUGCCAGGAUUCAAACGGACAUACCGUCUGGAGAACAUCUCCAAAGUCGAUGCAGCAAAUCUAUCGGCCAAUAUCGUCUCCACCCUUCAAGCAGGAUGCUUCUUUGGAGCCCUGGCUGCCUCCCCGAUAGCCGAGAAAUGGGGGAGACGAAUGGCCCUAAUGGGCGCAGCGAUCGUGUCUAUAAUUGGAAUUGCCAUGCAAACUGCUGCCAGCGGUCACAUCGAAGUCAUGUACAUCGGGCGACUAAUCUGUGGCUUCGGAGUCGGUGCCGCAUCCAUGAUCAACCCACUCUACGUCUCCGAGAACGCGCCUCGCGCAAUUCGUGGAGGUCUAACAGGUCUAUACCAGCUCUUCAUUACAAUGGGUAUCAUGCUUGCAUUCUGGAUCAACUACGGCUCGCUGCUCAACAUCGAAGGCCCCGCAAUGUAUCUUGUUCCACUGGCGAUGCAAGGUCUUCCCGCAGUGCUCCUGUUCUUCGGAAUGCUGUUCUCCCGCGCAACUCUCUGCCGAGUGCGCAAUCUCCCCUCUGACCACCCAUACGUGGAGGAAGAGUUCGCGGCCAUUUCCACCCAGUUGGAACAGGAACGCGCACUUAUCGCUGGCUCCGGCUUCUGGGACUUGAUGAAAGAGAUGUGGCUCGUUCCGGGUAAUCGCAAGCGCGCGAUUAUCUCUAUCUUCUUGAUGAUCUGCCAGCAGAUGACUGGAACUAAUGCCAUUAACUACUAUGCGCCCCAACUUUUCCAAAACCUCGGCCUAACCGGUAACGCAACCAACCUCUUCGCAACUGGCGUCUACGGCAUCGUGAAGGUGGUCAGCUGUGGCGUGUUCCUGAUCUUCGUAGCGGACUCGCUAGGCCGACGUCGCUCCCUCCUAUGGACCUCGAUCGCGCAGGGUUUGGCAAUGUUGUACAUCGGACUGUACGUUCGCAUUGCGCCGCCAGUUAAGGACGCACCCGUCAUCCCGGCUGGGUAUUUUGCGCUGGUGUGCAUUUUCCUGUUCGCGUCAUUCUUCCAAUUCGGAUGGGGACCCGUCUGCUGGAUUUACGUCUCCGAGAUCCCGACUGCCAGGCUGCGCUCACUCAACGUUUCUUUUGGAGCUGCUACGCAGUGGCUGUUUAACUUUGUUGUUGCGAGGGCUGUGCCGAAUAUGUUGGCUACUGUUGGUGCCCAUGGUUAUGGAACGUAUAUUAUCUUCUCGUGCUUCUGUUUCUCGAUGUGUGUCUUUGUGUGGUUCUUUAUCCCGGAGACUAAGGGUUUGUCCCUCGAGAAGAUGGAUGAGCUCUUUGGUGUUACGCAGCUGGUUGAGAAUAAGAAUGCUGAUGCGGAGCGGGGUUCUAUUGGCGAAGGGGACAAGGCAUCCCAGGCGCAUGUUGAGAGAGUGAAGGAGUAG